CUUUUUUUCAUACCCAGACGGUAUUUGCGGUAUUUCGGAGGAGGUCUUUUUACCAUAAAAACAUGAAGCUUUUAUAUGCACAAGUGUUAUCAGUGCUUUCGGUUCGCGGGUUACCAGCGUGUGCAGCUGCGGUUGGGCUAUAAGAACGACCACAGUAUUCAAAACCGCGACAGUCGCGUAAAGUACCACAAUAUUGUACGAUGCCAAAAUACUUGGCACUGGUGAUAGCUCUCGUAGUUGGCUGGUCGACGAAGACCUGGGCCAUAGACGAGGGUUGCGACUACUACCAAGAAAUUUCACCCGGGAAAACGUACUACGUCUACAGCCCUGGGUACCCCGAGUUGUACACUGCCCAACAUUCAUGUCGGUGGUACGCAAAGAGUGAAUCGAAGAUCAAGCUCAGUUGUCAGACAGUUCACCUACCGGCCACCAACAACUGCGCUGGGGACAGACUCUCCGUCUCCUUAAGUGGCGACCUGGAGCUGGCCGAUGCGCACAAUUACUGCGGAAUCGGAAGCUUCACCACCACAUCCAACGGCAACUACAUGAACAUCGUCUUCACGGCGUAUAAGGGAACCACCGGAGGAAGGUUCCUCUGCACCCUCGAAGCGACUGUCUCUGCACCGACCUGCAACUGCGGAUGGAAGAAGCAGUCAAGAAUCGUUGGUGGCGUAGCGACGGGUGUCAACGAGUUUCCGAUGAUGGCCGGACUCGUCGAUCUCCAGCAGCGACAGGUGUUCUGUGGAGGAACCAUCAUAUCCUCGAGGUUUAUUAUAAGCGUCGCUCACUGCUUGCUGAACAUGGAUUCUAAACAAGUCGCCGUUUUGGUUGGCGAUCACGAUCUUUCUACUGGCACCGAUACAUCGGCAGCGAAAAUUCACCUGGUUGAAAAAAUCAUUCUUCAUGAAUCGUACAACACCGAAACUAACGCAAAUGACAUUUCGUUAUUAAAAAUGGUGAAACCCAUUGAUUUCAAUUUAGAAGUGGGCCCAGUCUGUCUUCCUUUCCAAUACGUCUCUACGUCCUUCGUUGGAAAUACAGUUGAAAUUUUAGGUUGGGGCACGACCGAGUUUGCCGGAGCGAAAUCAGACGUUUUGCAAAAAGCCAAGGUGAACGUCACGUCGCUCUCAAGUUGUCAGCAAUCGUUUUCACAGGUUACAGCCAAACAAAUUUGCACUUACACACCGGGAAAAGACGCUUGUCAGUUUGACAGUGGCGGUCCUCUUCUCUGGCAAAAUCCAAACAGCAGGAGAUUAUUUAUCGUUGGAGAGAUCAGUUAUGGAAGAGCUUGCGCCAGCUCCGCGCCCAGUGUUAACACUCGUAUCACUGCGUACCUGGACUGGAUUUUAGCGAACACAGAAGGUUACACUUACUGCAUUGUUGAGUGA